AUGAGCCAUAGUGUCCGGUCCAGCCAAUCGUCCUACGGUGACCCCCGCUACCUGUCCGCCGCGACAGUGUCCGACGUUCAUGCACCCUUAGCCAAAAGCCUCGUCGACGGAUAUCGCGAUGCGGUCAAUCCCCAAUAUGAAGACCGGUCGCAGUACAAUCCGUUAAACCCAGCUCACCCGCGAAGCUCAGCCCUCCUGAACACCAGCGACCCCGUCAUGAUGUACCUGUUGACCGAGACCGCUAUGGGCGACAGCACCAACUUCCCGAUCCUCUCGUUCGAGGAGGUCGAGGACCUCAAGAAGGAGCGCAGCCUCCUGACUACCCGCGUCGAAGGUACUAAGCGGAAACUUGCGCUGGAGACAAAACUCCGCGACGCUGCCCAAUCCAUCGGCCGUCUCUACAGCCCACCGAGUCCCCGGAAUAGCAACGAGUACGGCGCCAAUGGAACCGCCAAGUCACAUCGCCGAAGCCGCAGCAUCUUCGGUCGCAGUGGCAAUGGCACCACCGAGGUCCUCGACAAAAGCGACUCGGAGUUGGCUAUGAGCCAGCGGAAAUGUGAGGACUUGGCGCAGGAACUGUGGAAGCUUGAACGCAGGGCUCAGCAAAUCAACCAGCGACUCCUUGAACACACCGCCGGAGUCUUGCAGAUGACCCAUAAGGGCUUGAGGAAGGCCCCGCGAAACCCGAAUGAAUCGAGCGGCUUGGAUGAUGGCCACGACUUUGACGACCGCAGCCUCUACCGCACAACGGAACAUCUCGAUAACUAUGGCAUGCACGGGAAGAUAGAGAUGAAUGGCCCCCCCGCGGCAGUGGACGCCGAAUCCCAGAAGAGACUGGAGGAUCUGAGUGAGCGCAUGUGCAACAUGAUGAUCCAGGCUCAUCCGGACGAAUUCGUUGAUCCACCACCACAACCCGGCGGGCCUGCCUCGACCAUCGGGGCUCACAUCGCCUAUCUAGAGAGUGGCCUCCAGUCCCUCUCGGCGCUCAAGAGGGUGGUGGACACCAGUGCUAAUCCUGCUCCCGCCGCAGAAGACGAAGGCGCGGCAAAACAGCAACUGACCUAUGUCAACAACCAAGUUCAGAGCAUUGUGGACCGCUUCGGCUUAACGCGAUCCCCAACCCUCCCCCCGCCUCCUACCGCCUCCGAUGGAGAAGGCCUCGAAGAGCAAAUCGCCUAUCUCCAAGCUGGUGUGGACGGCUUGGCCAGCCGCGUGGAUGGAUUGCUCGAGCAGAAGAGCAUCCUCACCACUCAAAUCCAGCAACAACGUGAAUUGAACUCCAAAUCAGAUGCCGAGCGUGAUGCCCACAUUGCCGAUCUCACUGAACAACUGGCCCAUGCGCGCAGGGAUCUCGACGUCUCUGAACGGGAGGCCAAAGCCUCUCGGGAUGAACUGGCGGUGUUGACUGAGCAACUGGAGGCCAUGCGCCAUGAUGAUUCGUCACAAGAGGAAGCCAAGGCCGCCUUGAUCCAGACAGAGGGUGAGGUCGCUCGUUUGCAGAGUGUCAUCGAAUCUUUGCAUGAAGAGGCCGAUGUGCGCGCAGAGGAAGUCCGGGAAGCGCAUGACCGUGCUGAGCAUGCAGAGCUAGAGAUCAAGGCAGCUCUUGAGCGCACUGCACAGAUAGAGCUAGAGAUCCUGGCGGCUCAUGAGCGUGCGGAACAUGCCGAAGCAGAUACUCGAGCCGCCCAUGAACGCGCAGCGCAGGCAGAGUUUGAAAUUCAAGCGGCUCAUGACCGCGCAGAACAUGCAGAGUCUGAGAUCAAUGCCGUCCGCGAUCGCGUGGAGCAAGAAGUUCAAGAGGCCCGGGGCCGUUCAGAACAGGAACUGGCCCAGCUCGAGGCCAAUAUCCAGCAGGUUCGCUACGAAUCUGACGAGCGGGUGAAGGAAGCUCUCGACCAGCGUGCCCAGGCCGAGGAAAAUUCAACUCGCCUGCAGAAUGAAAUGACCGAGUUGGAGGGCGAAGUCGUGCGCAUCACUACCGAGCUUACUAUGGUCAAAGCAGAACUCGAUGGUGCCUACGGUACCCGAGCUCAGCGGGCCGCUGAGGUCGCCGCAAACCCGGAGAUUCAGAAGGAGAUUGAUAAUCUGAACACACGCAAUAUUGAGUUGACUGAGGAGCUCGCAGCGCUGAAGAGCCAGCAAGGUGGUGGCGGUGCUCAGCAACGGGCCGACACUCUCGAGAGGGAACUCCGGGAGACCAUUGACGACUAUGAGGCUAUGACGAAGGCCAGCAUUGAGUUUGAGAAGGAGCGUGAGCGGUUCGAAGGUGUGAUUGAUAGCAUGCGCGAUCGCUGCGAGCAACUGGAGCAGCAGCUCAGCGAAGAACGUAUCAACUGGAUGAACCUCAACAGCCCGGGAUCUGUGGGCCGCGACGGUACAUCGGAAACCACGUCCACCAUGGUGCUCAAAAACGAAUUCAAGAAGAUGAUGCGCGACACUCGCAACGAAAACAUGAAGAUCCUCAGGGUCAGUCCUUUAUCGUUCCCGGUCACAUGA